UUGGCACAGACUUGUUUGGUUGUCAAGGUUUUGUCAUCUUUGAACGCUACAGCCAGGCCAGAGCAGGAGUCAUGUCGAUCACCUUUAACUUUGAGGAUUACUUCUACCCAGAGAAUGACACCAUCCAUGACAAUCACACACCCUACGUGGUUGAUCCAAAGACAUCACCAUGUGAGACAAGACCACUGGAUCCUACACCAGCUUUGGUCCUGUGUUCGAUCCUCAUAAUCAUCUUUUUCCUGGCGAUACCAGGGAACCUGAUGGUGGGAUGGGUGAUUGGCACCAGCAGACAGGCGCUGACUCCAUCAGAUGUGUACUUGUUUCAUCUGACGAUAGCGGACGGUCUGAUGGCCCUCACCAUUCCGUUCUGGGUUGCAGCACUGGUGAAAGGGUGGAUCUUUGGUGACUUCAUGUGCAAGUUCCUCAACCUCAUCUUCGAAGCAAACUUCUACACCAGCAUCCUCUUCCUGGCCUGUAUUAGCAUCGAUCGUUAUCUCGUGAUUGUGCAUGCAGCUGAGAGUCUCAGGAGUCGUGAGAGGAUGUGCAGCAGGAUCCUCUGUGCAGCAGUGUGGGCUUUCGGUGGGGCCCUCGCCCUGCCUGCACUUUUUAAUGAUGCCACCAAGCUAGAGCCUGACUCAAAGUGGAUGAUUUGCUCGGAAAACUUUGACAUCGGCAGGGCCUCUUCAUGGAGGCAUUUCACCCGAGCCUUCCUCCAUAUUUUUGGCUUCUUCCUUCCUCUGGCUGUCAUGAUAACCUGCUACAGCAUCACCAUCGCAAGGCUGCUAGUCACUCGAGGUUUUCGGAAGCACCGUGCCAUGAAGGUGAUCUUAUUGGUGGUGAUUGCAUUUCUGCUGUGCUGGACACCGUACCACCUCACCAUGAUGGUGGACACAGCGCUGAGGGCUGAUCUGAUAUUGUUUGACUGUGCCAUGAGGAGGUCAGUGAACCUGGCAUUGCGUGUAACUAACAGCGUGGCUCUGCUGCACAGCUGCAUCAACCCUGUCCUCUAUGCCUUCGUGGGAGAGAAGUUCAGGAGGAAUAUGAUGCUAGUUCUUCAGAGGAAAGUCCGACAGGAGAGGGCGUCCGGGUCAAAGUUCAGCAGAUCCACAUCUCAGACCUCAGACAACAACGGAGCUGUUCUCUAAAACAUCAGUGGACUUUUUCAAUAGACAGUAUAAGCCCGGAUUUGUCAAGGCUUUUUCGUCCAGAAAGGAAGUUGCACUCCAAAAUUUCGCUCUUAAAAAAAGCAAAGAUGUGAAAAGAACAAGAUGUUCUGCUCCCCACAUACUGGAAAUUCUCCCUCCAGCCUGUGCAACUGUGUAUAAUUGUGCAAUUGACACAGCAGGCCAGAUGAGAAUGUUCUGUAGGUUUGGAGAUGUUUUGUCAGAAAAGGACAAAUUUAAAUUUUGACCGAAACUGUUAAAGCAUCGUACAGUUUAACAUAUUACCACUGUACAGAAAAAUUUUAAGACAAAGUAAGAAUAUGAGGUUAAAGAUAAAUGAUUUCUCACAGUGUUUGUCUCACUUGUUGUCUCUGUUAAUUAUCUCUACUGUUGCUUUAUUGGUGCACUGCUGCCAUCUAUUGAGUUUACUUGUGUCUACAUCCAGAUUUUUAGCCUGUUUUAGUGAUUGUAAGCAUUUGGAGUGCAUUUAUACAGUAAACAUGUCAUGAUCCAGCUGGUGUUUCUGUCUUUAUUUAUAUAUGCUAUUCAUAUAUAUCUAUAAAGUUUAUGUAAACUAUAUACUGCUUUCAUUGUCAGUAAAAUGCUUCAAAUGCUAUUCACAUUUUAGGUUUUGCCAUGUAAAUAAAUAAAAAAUAAGUGGCUUUGCAAUUUUUCUUGCAUUCAUAUUCAUAAUAUUUUACGGAAAGUAUUGCAACAGUGUGGACCAGUUGGAUGGUCACUGAGAAAUGGCACACUAACCAAUUAAUUAAUUGAUUAUUCAUUGUUAAUUAUUCUAACAGCAGUCUUUUCUGUUUUUCAAAUGACCACAAUUAAGUCAACUU